CAAUAAUACCCUUUAAACCCUCAAAACCCCUUACUUUCUCGUGACAAAGCCCUAGAGGAGUUGCUCAUCUUCCUCGUUCAACGUCGUCGCCGCCACCACGGUGUUAGCCGCUCCCCUGCGCCCCCUCACUUUACCAAAUUCUCUGUUCCGGCUCCGAAUGGUCGGAAUUCAUAAGAAAGAUCCCUCGCAUAGUGAGGAUACGAUGGAAGAACAUGACAAUUUGAACGAAAUUAAUGACGAAGAGUCGAAUUCCGAUUCCGAUUCCGAUUCCGAAUCCGAAGAAGUUCGCGCAGAGCCCGCGAAAAAUGCGAUAUACAACAGGGACGGCCUUCUCGAGAAGCUCGAAGACAUUUCCUGGCCGGAAAACGUCGAAUGGAUUCACAAAUUAACCGUCGAUCACGAUCAGGCGGAAGGCGUCGACGUGAACGACGAUCUCGGCCGCGAGCUGGCGUUCUACACGCAGGCAUUGGACGGCACUCGCAAAGCAUUUGAUAAGCUGCAGGGUAUGAAGAUCCCGUUCCUUCGGCCCCCGGAUUACUACGCGGAGAUGGUUAAGACUGACGCGCACAUGCUGAAGGUGAAAGGCAGGGUUUUGUCGGAGAAGAAGAGAAUUGAGGAAGCCGAGGAGAGAAAGAAGAUGAGGGAGGCGAAGAAGGUCGCGAAGGAGGUCCAGGCGCAGAAGACGAAAGAGAGGGCCAAGAGAAAGAAAGAGGAGAUUGAGUCGGUGAAGAAGUGGCGGAAGCAGCGGCAGCAGAGCGGGUUCGCGAAGGGAAAGGAUGGCGAGAUGGAUUUGGGUUUCGACGGUGAUGACGGAUUCGCGAGGUCGAAGAAGAGGAAGACGGGGGUCGCUCCCGGUGAUCGGAGUGGAGGGAUUCGGAGAGGAGGGAAGAAGGGUCAGGAGAAGAACAGGAAGAAGAGGGAUUACAGAGAUUCAAAGUUCGGGCAUGGGGGUAGGAAAGGUGUGAAGAAGCAGAACACUGCCGAGACUACAAAUGACUUGCGAGGGUUCAACAAGGGAGGGAUGAGCAAGAAAAGAAACGGGUAGUUUAUGAUGAAAAAAGAGCGAGAGCUGUGCCUAUGAAAUUUUGUGUUCCUUUAUCAGUUUUUACUUUAUGAUGCAUCAUCUUUGGGAAUUGUUUCACAACUUAUAGUAAUUCUUGGUGGAUUGUAAGAUUGAAAAAGGGCUUCAGUAUGUCAAAAUUUUCACCUAAUUAUAUGCAGGUUUGUGUUCCAAUAA